UCGUCCUUCGGGCCAUUCCCCUGCAAACGGCGUAGUAUCGAGGAGGAAGCAGGAAUCGCAGAGCUCCCAGACACCGUGGCCGAGACGAAUCUUGUGUGCUUCACCGCCGAGGUUGACGCCGAGCUGCUCCUCAACCCCUCCGACUCGCCCGGUUCGCCCUCCCGCCAACGUUCCCCGCCGCCGCAGUAUCCCGCCUCAGAGGCUUCGGCCAGUUCAGCCUUCCGGCCACCACCUUCGUUUUCGUCGCUCUUUGCUGCCGCGGGCCAACAAGGAGCCGCGUCAUCCAUCCUCGAGCCGUGCGAGCCAUACAAGCCUUCAGUUGCAGACGCCGACGAAGCCGACCCAACCACUGCUGCAGCGCCAGCGUAUGCGCCCGCCAACCAGGUAGCGCCAGAGUCGUCAAGCAGCGCCUCCGCAGCCUUACGGUUACAAGACGAGACCAAGCGCGCACUCCCCCACGAUACCAAGGGUCACGCCGGUGAGCCCUCGCGGAGCGCCAAGGACGAAGAAGCAGAGCCGCCGCCGGCAUAUUCAGAGGGAUCGAGUCCGCUUCAGUCCUUCACCUACCUCAUGGCGGCCGCAGGUGGUGCCUCGAGCAUCAUUACCCAGGUUCAGCAGGGCGGGCCGUCCCUCAAUCCACUCGGAGAUGUCCCUGGCGAUGAGACGAUUACAAUGGAUUUGCGCAGGGGCACCCGCUUUACUCUGUCCAGAGAUGAGCUUUUAACACUACCCGAAUUCGUCCUGCUCUCGCUUUUCCCCAACGGUCUCUUCCCGGAAGGGCACAUGGGUGGCUUCGCUGAGGGGGAUGCUGUCCAAGUUGACUACGACCCGGCAUCCUUGCAGUACAUGCUGGACUUUUUUCGGAAUGUGGCACAAAGCAUCCCAUCCGAGCCGAGCGCUACCGCUAGUCAGGAUGGUGAUGUGGUCCCGCUAGAACCCGGCGCGAGAGACGAAAGCAGUAGGCGGGCGGGCAUCAUCGUGCUGCGCGAGGACCUGGACUUUUACGCCAUCCCUCCCAAGUAUGACAUUGAUCAGCCCGAGAUGAUCGAGGUCAAGCGGGCGGCGGCCAAGGCGCUGCUCAAGCAAAACGGCAUUUUCAGUGGCCUGAAGAAGAGCGACGAGCCGGGGACUACCGAGGCACAUCUUAUCGAGAUGCUGACGGCCGGCGGCUUCAAUCACGACGACACGUGGGGUCACCGGGCGGGCGAGCCCAACAAGGCUGUCAUCUGCAGCCUGGCGCUGGCGAGGCUCCGGUCCGACAUUCGCGGCAACGACAUGGGCAGCAACGCAGUCGGCAUGGCGCAGAAGCUACUGCUCUUCUGGCGGAAGCCGGCGCGCCGCUGCUGGUGGGAAGGCGUCGAGCUGGAAAAUGUCGAGGGGCUCGAGGGCAAGAAGCUCAAGGUCUGGAUCCGCAGGGUGUGGACGCUCGAGAUGAGCGUGAUAGGGCUGCGUUAG